UGGGGGAAGGGCCCGAGGCAGGCUGAGGCGCCUAGGGGCGGGGUGGGAAGGAGGACCGGCCAAGCCCGGGGUGUGGGACGGGGCGUGCGUGCGUGUGUGAGUGUGUGUGUGUGGUGUGUCCGCAAAAGAAGGAAGGUGGCGAAGGGAGGAGAUCCCGAGUGGGUGGAGGGAGGGGUCGGGCGGGAGGAAAAGAAGGUGGGAGGAGGACAGGCUGGGAGUGGGAGGGUGGCGGCUCCCUCAGGACCCGGCGGGGACUGCGCGAUGCGGCGGGUGACCCUGUUCUUGAACGGCAGCCCCAAGAAUGGAAAGGUGGUUGCUGUAUAUGGAACUUUGUCUGACUUGCUUUCUGUGGCCAGCAGUAAACUCGGCAUAAAAGCCACCAGUGUGUAUAAUGGGAAAGGUGGACUGAUUGAUGAUAUUGCUUUGAUCAGGGAUGAUGAUGUUUUGUUUGUAUGUGAAGGAGAGCCAUUUAUUGAUCCUCAGACCGAUUCUAGACCAGCUGAAGGAUUGUUAGGAUCCCACACAGACUGGCUAACGUUAAAUGUCGGAGGACGGUACUUUACAACUACACGGAGCACUUUAGUGAAUAAAGAACCCGACAGUAUGCUGGCCCACAUGUUCAAGGACAAAGGUGUUUGGGGAAACAAGCAAGAUCAUAGAGGGGCUUUCUUAAUUGACCGAAGUCCUGAGUACUUUGAACCUAUUCUGAACUACUUGCGUCAUGGACAGCUCAUUGUAAAUGAUGGUAUUAAUUUGCUGGGUGUGUUGGAAGAAGCCAGAUUUUUUGGUAUUGAUUCACUGAUUGAGCACCUGGAAGUAGCAAUAAAGAAUUCUCAACCACCAGAGGAUCAUUCACCAAUAUCCCGAAAAGAAUUUGUCCGGUUCCUGCUAGCAACUCCUACCAAAUCAGAACUGCGUUGCCAGGGUUUAAACUUCAGUGGUGCUGAUCUUUCACGUUUGGACCUUCGAUACAUUAACUUCAAAAUGGCCAACCUAAGCCGCUGCAACCUUGCACAUGCAAAUCUUUGCUGUGCAAAUCUUGAGCGAGCUGAUCUUUCUGGAUCAGUGCUUGACUGUGCAAAUCUCCAGGGAGUUAAGAUGCUCUGUUCGAAUGCAGAAGGAGCAUCCCUGAAGCUGUGUAAUUUUGAGGACCCUUCUGGUCUUAAAGCCAAUUUAGAAGGUGCUAACCUGAAAGGUGUGGACAUGGAAGGAAGUCAAAUGACAGGAAUUAACCUGAGAGUUGCUACGUUGAAAAAUGCGAAGUUGAAGAACUGCAACCUCAGAGGAGCAACUCUGGCAGGAACUGACUUAGAGAACUGUGACUUGUCUGGGUGCGACCUUCAAGAAGCCAACCUGCGAGGCUCCAACGUGAAGGGAGCUAUAUUUGAGGAGAUGCUGACACCACUACACAUGUCACAGAGUGUUAGAUGAGAAAUCUGAGGGAAUGCAAGAAGAUGUCCUAGAUCAAAAACGUUUUUCUUAUCAUUUUUAUUUCUCCACCCACUCAGCUAUCUAGAAGAAAUAGCACUGUAAAGGAAUUUUAAAACCAUUUUAAUGGUUGUGCUUGUUCUCAGUGGUGCAUAAAGGGAAAAAAUGGACUCUUUUUCCACAUUCUGAUUUAACAGAAAAGCACUCCUUUAAUAGAAGUAGGAAAAUUAGAUUGCAUUGCUGCCUUUUGAGUGCGAUGGGAAAGCUGCCUGGCUAUAUGAGCAGGAAUAGUGUCUAUUAUAUUUACUUUUAAACAGGCAUGGUAUGGAAAUGCCAUCUUGAUUUGAGAUGCAUUUGAGGAUUUUAAUUUAUGAAAAGCACAACAUAUGCAAUUAUAUUUAUUGAAUAUGUAGAUGCAGUAUGGAUAUUUAAAUUGUUAAACUUUAUGAAAACUUUGAAAAGGUUGUUCAGGUUUAUAAAUAGCUUUAGUGACGCCUCCCUCUUUUAAAUACUUGUCACAGCAUAUGAAUAUGGUGAGAUCAGAUUGCCUAAGGCUUUCUCUUUUCAGGUUCAUUUUUAUGAUGUUUACUUUCUGGAGCAAAAUAUUAGCUAAAUUAAAGGUAUAUCCCAUUCUUACUGGUUGAGACAGUGAAAGGAAAGACACCAUUGUGCAUCGUUAACAUUCUGAAGGUAUAUUGGAAUUCCCCAGGUGAAGAAAGUAUUUAUUGUUGGCCUCAGCUUUGAAAUAAGCAUUCCUCGGAAUUUCAUCCCAGACAGGUUCCAUUCUACACUACACCAUGCAAUCCCAGUUACAUAACUGGUCUGAUAGUUUCACAGUCAACACAGAGGAAGAAGAUACUUCAAAGCUUUUAAAAAGCCAAGAUGCAUCAUUAAUAUUCAUUUAAUUCAAAUAGAAAAUAGUUUAAACAGAAUCAGCUUAGUACUAGGUGGUAAUUCUAAAUAUACUACAGUCAAAGCUAUAAAAUAUGAAUGGAUAUUGCAAAGUCAUCUUUGAGCAGGCAGAAGCCUAAAGUCAGCAGUAGGGAAUGCCGUUUUCCAAACUAUGAGCUGCAUUAGAGCUACUUCUCCAAAUUUAAUCAUUGAAAGUAAAGGCUUUUCGCUGGCCCAUAAUGUAAUGCUAGUGACUCCAGUGAGCACCUGUGGUUGUUUUACUUAUAUCUCAUGGAUUUUUUUUA